AGUACUCGCCCCCAGCCCCACGCUUUUCCCCCGUUGCGGAAACCCGAAGAAAAACAGGGGGAGCACCAAAUCCCGACCCCAAUCCCUCAAUCCGAUCCCCUCACCUCUUCUCGACGCGGGGUUGGUCGCAUCGGCGGCGGCGAUGCCAUGAAGGUGGCGGCAGCGGCGGCGGAGGCGGUGGCGGAAUGGCGAGGGGAGUGGUAGAAUGGGGGUGAAGAGGAGCGAAGUGGUGCUUCUAUAGGAGGAUCACCAUUACGGUGUGCUCCGUGAACCUCUUCGUCGCGCUCUCUUCGUCCUACUACGCUCGCUUUACUCCUCCCUCUACGUUGGCGAUCCCUUUCCAGGUCAGCUUUCAAUGCCAAAUAAAAAGGCCCUUAACCCCAAAGGAACCCAGAAUCCUACCUGGUAACACGCGGUCGGGUUACGAAGGGUCCCCUCCACUCUUCGACUACGAGCGUUUACGUUCGAACCACUCCCUCACUGAUGGCGUGCUCACCUUCUCUGCGACCCCGCCUCCUCUCUUCCUUCUUCGGAGACCGCAUCCUCUACUCCGCAGUGCCGCUCCGCUCCUUUCUCCACCUUCACGCUGGAAAUAAGCAAGCAUCAGUGCAGUUGUCCAGAACUUUGUGCAAUUUAGCUGAUCUUCUCUUUAAUAGAAGAGAUAAGGAUGACUUGUUAAAUAAUAAGCGGAAACGUCUGCAACCUGGGAACGUUUCUCCUUGUCUAGAAGUUCCUGAUCAUAUACCUCGGCCUCCAUAUGUAAAUUCUCGUCAAUCACCUGGAAUCGCUUUCGGACCUGAAAUUCAUGACGAAAGGGGAAUAGAAUGCAUGCGAGCUUCUGGACGGCUUGCUGCUCAAGUUUUGGAGUAUGCUGGGAAUCUUGUUAAGCCAGGUACAACGACUGACGAGAUUGACAAAGUAGUACACCAAAUGAUCAUCGACAAUGGAGCAUAUCCUUCACCUCUUGGCUAUGGUGGCUUCCCAAAGAGUGUUUGCACAUCAGUAAAUGAAUGUAUUUGUCAUGGAAUACCAGAUUCACGUGCACUUGAGGAUGGUGACAUUAUCAACAUUGAUGUUACCGUCUAUCUCAAUGGUUAUCAUGGUGAUACAUCUGCCACAUUUCUUUGCGGUGAUGUCGACGAGGGAGCUAAGAAAUUAGUAAAGGUAACAAAAGAAUGUCUUGACAAGGCAAUAUCGAUAUGUGCUCCGGGAGUGGAGGUCAACCGCAUUGGGAAAACCAUACAUGAUCAUGCAGAUAAAUUUCGGUUUGGUGUAGUUCGACAAUUUGUUGGUCAUGGAGUUGGGCGAGUGUUCCAUGCUGAUCCUGUUGUUCUUCAUUACAGAAAUAAUGAAUGUGGACGCAUGGUAUUAGGUCAAACAUUUACAAUAGAGCCCAUGCUAACAAUGGGGAGCACAAAUCCUAGGAUAUGGGCCGAUAAUUGGACCGCGGUGACAGAAGAUGGGAGCUUGUCGGCGCAGUUUGAGCACACGAUAUUGAUUAUAGAAAAUGGGGCAGAAAUACUUACAAAAUGCUAAGAUUUGUGAACCCUGAACAAUUUAUCCUCCCUUUAUUUUUCUUUUAAUUAUCGAACAAGCUAUAUUCAUUGCAAAAGCAAUUGCUACUCCCUGGUGGGUCAUUUAUUGAAAUUUGAAAUUUGAGUCGCUUUCACUGAGGAGACUCAAUGCGAACUCAUUUUUCCAUGGAA